AUGUGGGAUCUUCCCGGGAUCAGGGCUUGAACCCGUGCCCCCUGCAUUGGCAGGCGGAUUCUUAACCACUGCGCCACCAGGGAAGUCCGGAGCUGGAGCUUUUGCCACAACCAUGAAACCUCCCGCCAGAUCAGCAAGCUGCCAGCUCUGAAUCACACCAACUCUGCUAGAGCCUUAACCAGCAAAGUCACUGCCUCAUGCUCUGCCUCCCUUCAUAUUUAACUCACACUAGUAAGUACAUCUGAUUGGCAGAACUUAAAUUACAUCCAGAACCCUAGCUACAAGGAAGUCUAGGAAAUAGAGCUUUUAGUACUUGUGGUACAGGAAGUACAGGGAGGUUCACUAAAAGGAAGUUGGAAUAAGUUUUGCGUGAGCAAAUCUGCAGGAUCUGUUACAGAACGCCCCUUUGGCUACUUAAUAUCCAUACCUUCCCUUCUUUCCACACCUAAACCUCCAGCAAGAAAUGUGCUCUCUUACAAUAUAAUGCAGCCAUCCCUGAUUUUAAAAAAAGCAAAGUGCACUCACCUUCUCCCAAGAAGCUAAAACCCAAAGUUCUGUAGGUCGCCACAUCAUCUGCAGUAUUCAUCACAGACAUUACCCCGGGACCUAGCACCCUCAGGAGUUAGGUGGCCUCUCUCCUCUCCCAGGGAAAGGGGGAGUAGGAGAGAGAGCUGCCCAGUGACCAAGAGGAGAACAGCUCAGCUCUAAGAAGCUGCCAUCCAUACUUUUCAUCCUUUCUCUCUACUAGCCAGUUCCCUCCGUUUCCAAGCAUUCCGAGUUUCUCCUCUCUUCAUGGAAUCCUCUCCCCACCCUAUGUUCGUUUGUAGCUGUUGGCUUCUUUUCUUCUUAGCUAAGCUUUCCCCUCCCCCGCCCCCUCAUCCUCUAGACUCUUGAGCAUACUGGUGACUCCCACCAUCCCCUGUAACUGCUCCGGUGAACCUCAAGGGGCUCAAUGCCUUGGACGCCGACCGCUGCUCGAGGUACUCUCCUGCCUUGGCUUCCGGAUUCUGUGCCUGAUUUUCCUGCUGCUCGGGUGCCACUCCUCCCUCUCCUUUAUGGGUCCCCCUCCUCCAGGUGCCCCUCAGGCAUUGAUUCUGUCUUCAGCUCUCUUCCUUCUCUUUUCUUUCUACUUGUUUCAGUUACUCACAGAUUUGAGCUAGUGUCAAGGUUUUAUCUCCCAUCAAGAUGCUCUCCUCAGCCUCGGACCUACAUGUGUAAGUACCUAUUGGACAGCUCCUCUUCCAGGUCACAGGCACCCUAAGCUCCCUGUGUCCCAAACUGGAUUAACUGGUCAGCUACAUCCAACCCCCACACCCUGCUUGUCUCAGCAAACGACUCAGCGAACGUAACAAGGCAUAGACUUGGGAAGUGUACUUGAUCCUUCUUUCUCUGUCCCAACCCCUGGCACCUCCUACAUAUCUUCAUCUCCACCAUACCUUCCUUAGUUCAGGGCUCUGCUUUCUCAUCUAGGUUACUGUGACAGCCUCUCAACUAAUUGUUCUCCCCAUCCAGGGCCUUACAGUCCUUAAGCCUAGUCUCCUUACUCUUGUCUAAAACAAGUCAGAUCGUGUCACUCCCCUGCUUCAUACCCACCAGGGGCUCUCUGUCUGCCAACACGAUCAGGUUCAAAGUCCUGAACCAAGUAAACUAGGUUCCUUACUCACUCUAAUCCUUUUUAUCUCUCCAUCCUUAUCUCUCACCACUAUCCUCUCCCCUCACACCCCUGCAUAUUUGGACUUCAGCCAUCUAAACACCUGGUGCAAAAUGAUCCUAAUACACUGUGCCCUCUGGUGCUUCAGUGGUUUUUUAUUGCAAAUGCCGCUCCCACUGCCUGGAAACCGUCCGCCUCUCGGCCUUACUGAUGCAGUGCUCCCCACUGCGUGUCCAUCCUGAGUGCUCUGGUAGCACCUGUUAUUUGAAUGAAGCAGCAGUGCAAUGAGUCCUAAUCAUCUGCUUAUCCUGGGUCCACAUCCCUAAAACCCAGCACGUCUUGGUGCAGAAAUGAAAUGAAAUGCUGAGAAAUAAAGCUUUCCUAUUCUGAUUUGGAUCUUUAUAAUGGGUAUCGGAAAGUCUAAAACGGAUCCCUGCCCUCUUUCUCUCACUUGGGGUAAAAGCCACAGUGUGGACACGAGUCAAAGACAGCACAAGUCAGAUUCCAAGAAAUCUGAAGAAACGUCCCUGAGUGACGCUGCUGCUCAUAGCAAUACAGCAGAGAUGCCAACAGGGGAGCAGGAGGGAGCCAAGGGAGUGGAGGAGAUGCCAGAAGAGGAAGCAGAAGAAGAGGUGUUCCUCAAAUUUGUGAUACUGCAUGCUGAAGAAGACACAGACGAAGCCCUCCGAGUCCAGAAUCUUCUGGAAAAUGACUUCGGCAUCAAACCUGGAAUAAUCUUUGCUGAGAUGCCAUGUGGCAGGCAGCAUUUACAGAAUUUGGAUGAUGCUGUCAAUGGGUCUGCCUGGACAAUCUUAUUAUUGACCAAAAACUUUUUAAGAGAUACCUGGUGUAAGUUCCAAUUCUAUACGUCCCUCAUGAACUCUGUUAACAGGCAGCACAAGUACAACUCCGUCAUCCCCAUGCGGCCGCUGAACAACCCCCUGCCCCGAGAAAGGACUCCCUUUGCUCUGCGAACCAUCAACGCCCUGGAGGAAGAAAGUCGUGGCUUUCCUACACAAGUGGAAAGGAUUUUUCAGGAUUCUGUAUAUAGGAUACAGCGGGCUAUAUGGAAAGAGACCAGAAAUACGGUACAAAGGCAAUUUAUUGCUUGAGACGGAACACACAACACACAACAGGCUCUUGUUUUGUAAAACAAAUGAUUUAUCUCCACUUGAGAAAGCAAAUUUCUAGGAAGAGUUUAGAUGAAAGAGAACCUUACUCUUACAGAAACUUAUGGAGCCCAAGAAAGAUAAAUUUCUGCAGGACAGUCUAUAGAAUUGUGGUACUUUUCAAUGUUUCCAUAAACUUGAAAUUGUCAGAGUUUCAAGAACUGUUUCCAAAAAAAAAAAAAAGAACUGUUUCCUCUCAGUUUUCCUAGUUCAUGAUUACAACAAAGGAUAUUUUAAAUUCAUAUUCCUCGUAUUGAACUUGAUCAAAACCUUAUAUGAUAGACAUUUAAAAAAUACAAUAACACUGAUUUUGUUCU